UCUAACCGUCGACUCUCUCCUAUAAAAGGCGGAGCUCUGUUUUGACCUCAAUUUCCAUUGGAUUCAAUUCUCUAUCAUUUUGGGUCUUUCAGAAAAAAUCUGAACUAGAGCUCAAUCACCGACCUUGGAUAUGGAGAGAGCCAUCAACAGACAACGAGUUUUGCUCGAACAUCUUCAACCUUCUUCGUCUUCUUCCUCUCGACCUGAAUCUUCUCCUCUUUCUGCAUCGGAAUGUUUGGCUGGGGACAGUGCUGCUUACCAGAGGACCCAUGUGUUUGGGGAUGAUGUGGUUAUUGUGGCAGCAUACCGGACUGCACUUUGCAAAUCCAAACGUGGCGGGUUUAAGGAUACUCACGCGGAUGAUCUUCUCGCACCGGUUUUGAAGGCAUUGAUAGAGAAAACCAAUUUGAACCCAAGUGAAGUUGGAGAUAUUGUUGUGGGUACAGUCUUGGCACCGGGUUCCCAAAGGGCAAGCGAAUGUAGAAUGGCUGCAUUCUAUGCUGGUUUCCCUGAAACUGUCCCGAUCAGAACUGUGAACAGGCAAUGUUCAUCUGGACUUCAGGCAGUUGCUGAUGUAGCUGCUGCUAUAAGGGCGGGAUUUUAUGAUAUUGGCAUUGGCGCUGGAUUGGAAUCAAUGACACUGAAUCCAAUGGCGUGGGAAGGAUCAGUGAACCCAAAAGUCAAAAUCUUUGAACAAGCCCAGAACUGCCUUCUUCCUAUGGGGAUUACCUCAGAAAAUGUUGCAAGUCGCUUUGGUGUGUCAAGGAAGGAACAAGAUCAGGCUGCAGUUGAGUCUCAUAGACGGGCUGCUGCAGCCACUGCUUCUGGUAAAUUUAAGGAUGAAAUUAUCCCUGUGGCUACCAAGAUUGUUGAUCCCAAAACUGGUGAGGAGAAACCAGUUACGAUAUCUGUUGAUGAUGGUAUUCGACCCAAUGCAUCAUUGGCAGAUUUGGGAAAGCUGAGGCCUGUAUUUAAGAAAGAUGGGACCACAACAGCAGGCAAUUCUAGCCAGGUCAGUGAUGGAGCUGGAGCUGUUCUCUUGAUGAAGAGAAGUGUCGCAGAUAAAAAGGGAAUGCCGAUUCUUGGUGUAUUCAGGACUUUUGCUGCUGUAGGCGUGGAUCCUGCUAUCAUGGGUGUUGGCCCUGCUGCUGCAAUCCCUGCUGCAGUCAAGGCUGCUGGUCUCGAACUGGAUGAUAUUGAUCUCUUUGAGAUAAAUGAGGCAUUUGCUUCCCAAUUUGUAUAUUGCCGUAAUAAGCUGGGUCUUGACCCCGAAAAAAUCAAUGUUAAUGGAGGUGCAAUGGCCAUUGGACAUCCUUUGGGUGCAACAGGUGCUCGUUGUGUAGCAACUUUACUCCACGAGAUGAAGCGUCGCGGCAAAGACUGUCGCUUUGGAGUUAUCUCGAUGUGCAUAGGCACGGGAAUGGGGGCAGCAGCUGUGUUCGAAAGGGCUGAUCAUGGUGACGAGCUAUGCAACGCCAGGGCCGUUGGAACCAACAGUCUGUUGUCCAAGGAUGCUCGGUAGUCACUUAUCCUCUGCGGUAGUUCUUAUCAAUAAAGUGAUGUUGGCCAUCGGGGGAUUUGGGAAUUCAUGUUAGGGCUCUAUAAUAUGAAUUGUAUCUUUUUUAAGAAUCCUAUCAUAUAAAGAGGAAAUGUAUGUCUUUUAACACAAGACAGUGAAACAGUUAAAAGUGACUUUAUUAUUACUUA